AUGGCCUUUGAGCACGUCACCUCCUCCACCUCUGUGGAGCUCUCUCCAACAAAGAACCGCUGCUCCCUAAAAGCUGUAACCUAUCUCAGACAGAUAUCAAAAUGCGCCAAUGGUAAUCUACCAGGUCUAUCUAACUUCAAGGGUUUAAGAGGUCUCCUCGCAGCCGAACGAGUGGCCCAUGCAAUUCCGCAGCUUGCGGGGAAGGAGUAUCCUAGCAUUCUUGAAGCGCAACUAGAAGAUAUGGAGAAGAGACUCGGAGUCACUUGGAAUAGACGGAAAUCGGUCCAUACGAGCAUCUCCAACCCGCUCUACAUCAGUUCUGAACAACCGCUCCUGACAAUCGAUGGCGACAGUGCAGGGUAUGAUAGCAACAUGCGCCUAAUCGCAGAGAUUGAAGCUCUCGGGUGUUCAAAAUCGAUGCUGGAGCUAGGCAGGAUCGCUAACCUGCUGGACGAAUUUGAAGGGGAUCAGAUUCGCGUCCCCAUACCGUAUAAGGAUGCCGCACCGUAUGACUUCGCUUGGUUUCCACAGCGGUCCCCGAUUGAAUUACCAAACAACACUUUGCCCGUAGGAAUUGACCAGUUUAGUGUGCGGCCGUCCUCGGCUUUGGGAUUACUUCGUGUCAGACCACACAGCCAUGGGAUAUCCCUAGUGUCUGAAUGUUGCCUACAUCUGAUGCAGCUUGGCUACCUGGUCGCGAGGCCCAAAUCGGCCCAAACUUGGGAAGAGACAGGCCAUAUCGUGACUUGGGACCGUGCCUUUGGUCGAUUUGUUGCCGUUUUUGUUGGGAAAAGCUGUGGAGCUCUAGAUGCUGAGAAACAGUGGAUCGUCCCAAACCCAUUGUUUGGCCUCGAUGCAGUUAUGAGAGUCUCUCCUGGAAAUGAUCUACCCGAACAGAAGGAUACCAAUCCCCCAUUCAGACAUUCUUACCCAGUGUACUAUGUGGACGCAGACCCAGGACCAGAUCUCGUAUAA